AUGCACCUUGUGUUUUGGUUAUCAGCCCCACUGGGCCACAAGAAAUGGAUUACUGGUAUAUCAUGGGAACCAGUACAUCUCCAGGCUCCAUGUCGUCGCUUCGUGAGUUCAAGUAAAGAUGGUGAUGCGCGUAUAUGGGACAUCUCAUUAAGGAAAUGUGUUAUUUCUCUUACUGGCCACACACUUGCAGUUACUUGUGUGAAAUGGGGUGGAGAUGGAGUAAUAUAUACAGGAUCUCAGGAUUGUACAAUCAAAGUGUGGGAAACUUCGCAGGGGAAGCUAAUUCGUGAAUUGAAGAUUGCUUUGGAGCGAUAUAAAAAGAUGAAGGGCAAUGCCCCUGAAAGAUUGGUUUUAGGGUCUGAUGACUUCACGAUGUUUCUUUGGGAACCUGCUUUCAGCAAACAUCCCAAAACUCGAAUGACAGUGCGCUUGGGUCUAAGCCAUGACAUGCAUGCAAGGGUUGCGUUUGGGCUGGGCACAUCUAGCCUUAGGAUGGCUAGGUCGGGUUUGUGCUUAGGCCAGUAUGAAGUGUGUAGGUUCCUCAGGUUAUGUGGCUCAGAUUUUAUUGCUUUCUUGCAGCUUGUGAACCAUGUUUACUUUUCACCCGAUGGGCAAUGGAUAGCAAGUGCCUCAUUUGACAAGUCAGUCAAGUUAUGGAAUGGUAUCACUGGAAAAUUUGUUGCUGCAUUUCGGGAUCAUGUGGGACCUGUCUACCAGAUAAGCUGGUCUGCUGAUAGUAGGCUACUUUUAAGUGGGAGCAAAGACUCUACUUUGAAGGUUUGGGAUAUCAGGACGCAAAAGUUGAAACAAGACCUGCCCAGCCAUGCAGAUGAGUUUUUUGUUGUUGACUGGAGUCCAGAUGGUGAGAAGGUAGCAUCUGGUGGUAAGGAUAGAGUUUUGAAGUUAUGGAUGGGAUAA